CCCAUUUCAAAACGAAAGUGUUCCGAUCAGUUUAGCCGUGUACCACUCCCUGGGCUCAGGAUAAGCAAAUACUACGCAUUCGGUAGGCUAGUUUGAAACUCAAAAUGUUUACCUACAAAACAAAGUAUAUUGAAAAGCCUGUUGAGACUGCCUUUCAAAAACUUGGACGCUGCAUCGGUAAAUAUCCGUGGUUGUUUUUUAUUCUUCCUCUACUGAUAUCUGGCGUUCUCGGAGGAGGAUUUUACUUCCUCCAGCAGAGAGAAGUAGACCUACAUGACCAAGAAAUCAAGAACACGUCAAGAAACAGCCUAGCAAAGGAAGAUAAGGCAUUUGUCAAACAGCAUUUUCCACACCGCGAAGAAUUUUCUCGCUUGAGGCUCUACAAUGAGGGCGUUUAUGCGUCGUUGACUAUAGCGGUUAAGUCUAAUAUACUCACAGUUAAGGCGUUUCAAGAAAUAAUUAAGUUAGAUGAGAGAGUGAAAAGUCUUAAGACUAGUAAAAACUAUACCUAUGCAAACCUGUGUGCUAAGGAGAAAAGCAAAUGUGCAUCGAACGAAGUUUUAGAUAUUGUAAACUACGAUGCAAGCAAAAUUGAAAAUUUGACGCUAAAUUAUCCUUCUCAUGAGAGGUUAUACUUGGGGGGAGUUAUAGACGGCGUGAAAUACAAACCAGGGACUAAGGAAAUAGAAACCGCCAAUGCAACAAGACUGUUCUACUUCCUGCAAGAGAAUAUCAAAAAUAAAACUGAUGCCUGGCUGACUUUGUUUAAUGACACAUUAUCAUCGGAAACAAAUGCUACACUGGGCUCCAUAUCUGUUUUCACAACGUUGUCAAGGGAACAAGAGCUGAAAAAGAAUUCUGAAAGUGUGACCAAGUUGUUUCCUAUCACAUAUGUUUUGGCUAUCAUCAUAUCAAUUCUUUCUUGCCUAAGGUUGGACUGUGUGAGGAACAAGGUAACCGUUGCCACGUUUGGAGUGAUUUCUGCAGGACUGUCUGUGCUGUCCAGUUUUGGACUGCUUCUGUAUUGUGGGAUGCCAUUUGCAAUGACUGUGGCAACCGCUCCCUUUCUGAUUCUGGGUAUUGGUGUGAAUGACAUGUUCAUCAUGAUCAAAUGCUGGCAGAAGACGAGGGUUCAUGACAAGGUAGAAGAUCGCAUGGCAGAGACGUACAAGGAGGCAGCUGUCUCCAUCACCAUCACCACUCUGACCCAUGCCCUGGCCUUCUACAUUGGCCUCUUGACGCCUUUUCGCUCUGUACAGUCCUUCUGCGUGUACACCGGAACAGCCGUCCUCUUCUGCUACAUCUACAACAUCAUGUUCUUCGGUGCCUGUCUGGCACUGAAUGGACAACGAGAGGCAAGCAACAGACACUGGCUGACAUUCAGGAAGGUUGAAACUCCAAAUGAAGACAACAAGAGCAAUGCUUGUUCAGUUGGUGGUGCUUAUGAUCCUGAGACGAAUGCAGAGGAAGACACGCCCAUCAGUGUCUUCUUCAAAAAGUAUUAUGGACCAUUUUUGACAAAGCGAUGGACCAAGGUCAUUGUUAUUUUACUCUAUUUUGUAUUUGUGGGUGUUAGCAUAUAUGGUUGUUCUCAAAUGAAGGUGGGUAUUGAUACAUACAAAAGUAAGUACUAUGGUAAUCAUCAUUUCAGGCAGAAUGGCCCAUUUGUUAUGGUAAUCGUAAACGAUUCAACAUUUCAGUAUUGGAAUAAGGCUGCACGAGCCAAUCUCAUGGCUUGUGUUAGAGAGUUUGAAAAUUCAGACAUGGUGGCCAAAAACAUGACUAUUUCAUGGCUUGAUUAUUUUAUGGCAUAUUCAAAAAGGGUAAACUUGGAUAUCUCACAGAAGGACAAAUUCAUGAAGUUUUUACCAAGCGCCCUUAAACUGAAAGGUUUCAGUGAAGAUGUUGAUAUUCAAAACGAUCUGAUUGAAGCUUCCCGAAUGUUUGUACCAAUAGUUAACAUCUGGAAUCCAACAGAUGAGAAAAACAUCUUGAAAUUUUUUAGAGAGACCGCUCGUAAUUGUAAGUCUAAAAAUGUAGACUUAAAGGUGUACCACCCGGCAUUCAUUUACUUUGAACAGGAUGCAGUCAAUGAUAAGAAUGCCGCCAUUGAUCAGCAUGACAUCAUCAGAAAUACAGUCCAGAACAUCAUAGUGGCCACUGUUGCCAUGCUUGUAAUUUCCCUUAUGUUGAUUCCAAAUCCUCUCUGUUCUCUGUGGGUGACCUUUGCCAUUGCCUCUGUAAUCGUGGGUGUAGCUGGUUUCAUGGCUUUGUGGAAUGUAAAUCUAGACUCUGUCUCCAUGAUCAAUUUAGUCAUUUGUUUAGGCUUUUCUGUGCACUUCUCUGCACAUAUUUCCUAUGCUUUUGUUUCAAGCAAACAGGAAAAUGCUGAUGACAAAGCUGUUGAUGCUCUCUAUAACCUUGGGUAUCCAAUAAUCCAGGGAGCUUUAUCCGCAAUUGCUGGUGUUAUUGUCCUUUCAGCAGCAAAUAGCUACAUCUUCAGAACCUUCUUUAAGAUCAUGUUUCUGGUGAUCUCAUUUGGGGCACUUCAUGGCAUUGUGUUCAUCCCAGUGUUCCUGACAUUCUUUGGGGUUUGUUGGAAAAGUGUAAGGACAGAAAAUUCCGAACCCAUCAGGGGCAAUUCUGAACUUGUAAAAAUGACAAACAAUGGAGAAAACUCUUAAAGUUGGUGAGAAGAGGCAAACAAUUCUCCAUACGAGGAACAGGAGACAACAUAAAAUGCCAUGGAAAAAUAUUGAAUGUAAAAUCUGAGAUUUAGCCUUUUCUUUUCAUGUUGCAGAUAACUAUUCUAGUUCUGUAUGUGUUAUUGUCUGAGAUUUAAUUAUUUUUGCUUUUUUAUUGUUCUUAUAUGCAGAGUUGCUUGGGUUCCUAAAAAUAAGGCUUCAUAACUUGCAUUAAUAAAGGCAAUCUUUGAUUGUAAAAUGACAAAUA